AUGGCGUCAAUCAAGUUUGAGCGGGACACCAUCCGCAAAGGCACCGAGACUGUGCGCAAGGCCUCUGAGGAAGUUGUGGAAGCCACUGCCGAUGGCCAUCUGCCCGGUACCAGUGGAAGGCACCCGCAUCUCGAGAAACUCGGCACCGCCAUCACCGGCGGCAAGGCCAAUGCUGGCACCAAGGGCUACAUGAUGGCCUACAUCAACGAGCUCGAGAAGAACCCACUGCGAACCAAGAUGCUCACUUCUGGAGCUCUAGCUGGCUUUCAGGAGUUCCUCGCAUCAUGGCUCGCGAAAGACCGCAAUAAGCACGGCAACUACUUCACAUCGCGAGUCCCCAAGAUGGCGGCGUACGGUGCCUUGGUUAGCGCACCUCUCGGUCACUUCUUGAUCUGGGUCCUACAGAAGGCCUUCAAGGGUCGCACGAGUUUGCGUUCCAAAAUCAUGCAGAUCAUCGUCAGCAACUUGGUUAUCGCCCCGAUCCAGAACACCGUGUACCUCGUUGCCAUGGCCCUCAUCGCUGGCGCCCGCACCUACCAUCAGGUGCGCGCCACGGUCCGUGUCGGCUUCAUGAAGGUCAUGCAGGUGUCGUGGAUCACGUCACCCCUCUGCCUGGCCUUCGCCCAACAAUUCUUGCCGGAAAAUGCCUGGGUUCCCUUCUUCAACGUCGUUGCCUUCACCAUCGGAACAUACAUCAACACGGUGACCAAGAAGAAGAGACUUGCUGCGCUCCGCAAGAAGCAUUUCGGUGAUAGCCGCGACAGCCGUGACCCCCGUGACCCCCGUGACCCCCGCGAUCCCCGCGAUCCCCGCGACCCCCGCGAUGGCCGAGGAUCCGGGUCCGUUGCCGGUGGUCGACAGGACGACUACCCUCCAAUUGGACCGAACCCACCCUACUAG